UCAGUACAUUUGAAUAAAUCAUUGGCAAAACAAUAUCAUAAACAAAUACGAAUUCAACACUUUUGAUCCAUUUCGAAUCAAGAAAAUGAAAUACUUCAAAGUUCUAUUCAUUUAACUGGUGAUUUUCUCUGUUUACUUGAAUGCAGUGUCCAUCGAAAAGCGACCAGAACUUUGCAGCUGGUGAACAAAUUUCGGGGCAGCGCAUCACGAUGACCACGUACGAGUGGCAAGAAGCAAUCCAGAAGCAUCUACCGCUGCUGUAAAUCCAACUGAAACUCAAAAAGUAGACACAAAAAAAAACUAAACGAUUUUGGUUGCCCUCAAUUUAUAACCCAUACAUAUUCUCCAUAUUUUUUUCUUUUAUUAAAGUGCUCCCCACCACCCAUGGUGGGGAAAUGAUGAUAAAUUUCAAAUGAAAAAAUUUAACCUCUUGUUCAAAAUGUUCGACUUGAUGAGAGGUUAGAAUUACGAGAGAAGAUGAAUUGAAGCAUAUCACUACAAAAUAUUAUGACCGAUGGCAUGUAAUUAGUCAAAAAUCUGCACCCAUUUUCAUCCGUUGCCUUAUUGUAUCCAUUGUUUCAAAAGAGUUAUUUAAUUUUUACCGAAUAUUUUUUUACGCAGACUACAGAAUGGAAGUAAUUAUUGCAAUAUUCAUUCUAUUUGAUGUCAUAUUUAAAUGUACCACCACUUCUGGUAGCAGAGAACUACCGCAAUAUUUAAAUAAAUAUUGUUACAUCGUUUCUUUAGUUUGACCCUAUUGAGGAUAAAACUUUCAUUAUUCUGAAACAUUUUCGGUUUUGUUCAUCGAUUAUGAGUUGAUUUACACUCUUUCAUUGAGCACAUGGUGAAAUAAAUUAAAUUCUCCGAAAUUUUUCAAUAAAGAAAAAUCAUAUUUAGCGAUGAUUGCACAUUCCAAAAACGCUAGACAUAUUUUGAUUAAACGGUGUAUCCAAACUAUCGACUUUGCACUAGUUCGACUCAUAUUUAUCUCGCUUGAACUGGUACCAAUUGAGAACAUAACGGUUUUUAAGAGAUUCAGCGAAUACUAUUCGUAAAUUAGAUGAAUAUAAAAUUUCAAUGUAUAUUUCGAUGGAUUGGGCCAGACCUUACCUUAAAUCACCUUAUAUUUUGCAGACGAAAAAUCAAUUGUUUUUUUUUGUCAAUAAACCUUUGAAACACUACGACUCACAAGGGAAUUUCGUCAAUGGCAAAUCAGUGCAGAUAUUUAUUUUCUAAGUCAUGUUCUUAUCAUUCGUUGUCGACCUAUGAAAGAUGACCAACAUAGAGAAAAAUGUUCAAAAACUCCCGCAUUGCCAUAUGUUUCAAUGCAAGUGUUUCUUUGUUUAUAUUUUGGAUAUACAUUUGUCAUAUCAUCUCAUUUGUAUGUGUGUGUUAGUGUUUUAAAACUGAUUGCAUUCAUGUAUGUAUGGUUCGCAUCAGUGUCAGUGGUGCAGGGUGUCUGUGCGAGGUGCAUUCAAUGAUUUCAGUUGACUUCCAAAAUCGGUUCGUCUUUGGAUUAUUUCGGACAUAAUAUUCUGCAUUUUGUUUUAUUUGCUCAUGAAUGUCAUUCAAAAAUGUUAUCCGAACCCAAGUUUGCCGUAUCAAUGGAAACGUUCGCCAACGUGAAUGUCAUCACAUUCUUUCUUAGAUUAUAACGUCUGGCAGCAAUCCGUUUUCAAAUUAAUCAUAUUGUUUUGUUCAACUCAACGAAAAAUGAUGAGAAUGAAAAAAAAUUCUUUAUCAGCUAUCGCUCAAGGUCAAUAAAAUGAAAACUAUCUUUGAAGAUAAUCGUGAAUUGCAAUAGCAAUAAUAAAAAAAAACGUAUCGUUUUAGCCCAAUCACCAGUCAUUACAGAGUUGAACGAAUCAAUUUGAUUUCUGAACAAAUAAUCAAAUCACCUGUUUUGUUUCAAAUUCAAUACGACCAAUCAAUCAUUAUAAUGUGGCAUUUUCAUGCACUUUACGGUGUAUGUUAUGUACACAUGCACACAGAAAAAAUGAACAGCCACUCAGCUGAAAAUUAAUUGCCUAUAUAAGCCAAGCCCGAGCUGCAUUGAUUUCAAACUAAAAACCGACUGAGCACAUUGACACAUUCAAAACAGUGGCGGCAUUCGAUACGAACUUUUUAUUUCUCCGUCAAGUAUAUACACCGACAGACAGACGGAGCGUAAAAGAGAGAGAUAGAGAGAAAGAGAGCGCGCCUUUCGAUGUUGGCAACACUGAGCAACUUAUUGUGUGAUUGAAUGUCAUAUAGCAGCGAACACAUUGUGCGAACUGUAUUCCACAUCGUGAAGUUACAUCGAUUCAAUCGUGUGGUGUGCUUUAUUUUUGGACGUUUCAAUUUAUAUAGUUUCCUUCUUUCCUUGUAAAUAAUUUUUUUCAUUUCUCUUCAAACCGAUCUGAUAUCUGAACGUGAAACAAAACAGAAGUUAGUUCAUUCGAUUGUGUUUCCCUGUGUAUUUCCCGCCCUAAAUCCAAACACCGUCUACUUUUCAUGAUCACACGGUGUGUGCGUUUUUUUUGCGCAAAAAAAAGAAGAAAAUUUCUUUUAACCCAAAAUUCAGUCAAGUAAAAAGUUUUUUAAAAAAAAGCAAAGAAAUUUAUAAAAUUAAACUGAUGGGAAUCAUGUCAUCGAAAAACGCUCAAGAGAAUGGAAAUGGUAUUAACGCCAAACGAAGUAAACUAUAUAAUUCCAAAGUGACCGUUGUCCUAGGCGCACAAUGGGGUGACGAAGGAAAGGGGAAGGUUGUCGAUAUGCUGGCAACUGAUGCCGAUGUCGUGUGUCGAUGUCAAGGCGGUAACAAUGCCGGGCAUACUGUUGUGGUGGAUGGCAAUGAGUUCGAUUUCCAUUUGCUUCCCAGCGGUAUCAUCAAUGAAAAGUGUGUUUCAGUUAUAGGCAACGGUGUGGUCAUACAUUUGCCAGGAUUGUUCGAGGAAUUGGCCAAAAAUGAGGGCAAAGGAUUGCUCAAUUGGCAAAAUCGCUUGAUUGUCUCGGAUCGUGCCCAUUUGGUGUUCGAUUUCCAUCAGCAAGUGGACGGUUUCCAAGAGGCUGAAAAGGCAAACACUGGAAAAUCAUUGGGAACAACCAAAAAAGGCAUUGGCCCAACAUAUGCAAGCAAAGCCAACCGCACAGGAAUUCGUGUGGGCGAUUUACUCGGUGACUUCAAUCUGUUUGCCGAAAAAUUCCGGUCCAUAGUAUUAUCGUAUCAGCGGAUGUAUACAGAUUUCAAUGUUGACGUCGAAGCUGAACUCGAGAAGUACAAAGAGUACGCUGAAAAAUUGCGACCGCUGGUCAAGGACACAAUUUCAUACUUACACAAUGCAUUAAAAGAGGGACGCUCAAUAUUGGUCGAGGGUGCCAAUGCCGCUAUGUUGGAUAUUGAUUUUGGAACCUACCCAUAUGUCACAAGUAGUAACUGCAGUAUUGGUGGUGUUUUGACUGGUUUAGGCCUACCGCCACAGACCAUUGGCGAUGUAUUUGGUGUGGUUAAAGCGUACACAACGCGUGUUGGUGAUGGACCGUUUCCCACAGAAGAUCUCAAUGAGAUUGGUGAUUUGUUGCAGACACGCGGCGGUGAAAUCGGUGUAACGACAAAACGAAAACGACGAUGUGGAUGGUUGGAUUUGGUGUUAUUGAAAUAUACCUCAAUUAUAAAUGGCUAUACAGCAAUUUGCUUAACAAAAUUAGAUAUAUUGGACACAUUGAAAGAGAUCAAAGUCGGUAUUGCUUACACGCAAAAUGGUAAAUCAUUGGACCAUUUUCCCGGUUCGAUCAGUGAUUUGGGCAAAGUUCAGGUGGAAUAUAUCACACUGCCCGGUUGGCAACAAUCAACAGAAGGUGUUCGUGAAUUUGAUGAGCUACCGAAAAAUGCCCAAGACUACGUUCGAUACAUCGAAAACUAUUUGGAUGUUCCAGUGAGAUGGGUCGGCGUUGGUAAGGGACGUGAAUCGAUCAUCAAUGUCUAAUAAGCCAACACUCUACCAAUAAGCUAACAACAGCAAAUGUACAAAAUAAACAAAAAAAAAAUUAACAAUUUCGUAGCCACAAAAAGCAACAAACAACAACUACAUAACACCUUUUCAAUCCUGCGGCAUUCACGAUCACUCGGAAUUUAGUUUUUCCCCUUCUUCUUCUUUUUUAAUGAGGAGAUAGAGAGAGAGAGAGAGAGAGAGAGAGAGAGAGAGAGAGAGAGAGAGAGAGAGAGAGAGAAAGAAAGAAAUACUUACUUAUAAAUAUCAAAUAUUUCCAAAUAUUUUACGUGGAAAAAUUUGAAUUAGAACAACUUUUUCCAGCUUCGAGAGCAUUUUACCACGUUUUUUUGAGAUACACUUUCAAUUGAUUAUUCUUCGUCUUUUUUUUGCAACACAGAUUUUUUUCUGCAUCGAUUGUGAUUUUCGCAAGAUUUCGUCUUGGUGCUAUUGAAUUACAAAAUAAAAACUGUAAAUCGAACACAAUUUCGAUUAUUUGAAAUUUGUUAUAACCACAUUCAAAUAAAAAUAGAAAAAAAGUAUACCAAGA